AUUUCUUCCACCAAAGAAAUUUCUCGGGCAGACAAAAUCAAAGCGUUCAUUGAGGACCGCACCAAACUUCAAUGGGAUUGGUGGCCGCUAGCUCCACGACUACAUGAAAUAACACUUGGAACCGAGCGAUUAAAAUGGAAACUCUACAAUUAUCCAAUGAACACCUUUGUAUCCCUAGAAUACGCUAGUUCUGUCAGAGAGAUCAUAAAGAUGAUGCCUGACUAUCCACAAGAUUGCUAUUGUUGCAACGUUGAAAUACAGCACCGUCUCCAAUUUGCAAGAUGGGUAGCUCCCUUUUUGCUUGAACCACUUCUAAGAAAAAUUGAAAAUGGACCUGGGGCAUCAAACGCACAAAAGCAACCCACACCACCGCCUGCUCAUCCAUCUUCUUCAACGCCGAGCGACAAUCGAACCACUCAAAGAAACUCCAACGCUAUACCAGAGGGUAACAACCCUAUAGAUCCACCACAAGCCCCAUGGCAAAUGCCAGGCGUUCCACAGAAUUCCCCAAUUAGCAAUACCAACUUGCUCAUCUUUGGAAUCCCAGUUUCCGGAGCAAUUCACAUGCUCGAAUUCAUAAAAAUUUACGACCAUACCAGCGAUGGUGAUCUUUUCACUGAACUGAAAAAGAGACACAAAAUACAUUUCGGUUGGAUUAAACGCUGUUUUUCACCUUUUCGUUUCAGCUUUUGCAAAUUUGUCAAGUUCGAAAUCGUAGACUCACGCGAACUUUCCCGUUGCGUCGGCGAAAGUCUACCGGAUAAUAGCGGUAAUAAGCACAUAGAUUACAACUAUCAACCCCGCCCUGGGAAAAAUCCCCCAAUUGACCAAGAAAAGUUCAAAGCCUAUCUCACAGCCUGUGACAGUCAAUGUAAUGCAUCCUUUCGAGAUAUUUUGCAUUACUGUUUCAAGAUCGCCCCUGAAAAACAAGAGGCUUUGAGUUUUAUCCCCCAGAAGCGGAGCGACCUGGCAUUGAACCCAAACAGGGGCCUAGACGUAUGGGGACUUCAAGCUAACUACGCUGUAUCUUUUCUUUUUGUAGUGGUUUAUUAUUUGUUCACGAUGGGUUUGACAUACAUCUUCCUUAUCUGCUGGCUGUCUAGGCAUCCUAACGAUCUGCAAAAUGCUUCUAUUCCGUUUUUUAUGCUUUCUGCAAUGUUGCCACAGAUUCUCGCAAUAACUGGAUUGGCCUUUAGUCAAUAUCUCUUAUAA